GGGCCGGCCCCGGGGCGCCGCUGCCGCUCCAUCCUGCGCCAUGGGCUGGGGGCCGUGGGCGCUGCUGGCGCUGCUCUGCGGGGCGGCGGGAGCGGCGGCCCCUCUGCGCUGUAACGUGAGCCUGGACAGCCCGGCCGAGCUGCGCUGGCUGCCCGUGCUGCGGCACUUCCAGCCCGCCUUCCUGCGCUCCGCGGUCCGGCGGAUCAUCGACGAGAGCGUCCCCAAAUGGGUUCACCAGAUCAUCCAGCCCAUAGCGGCCGAACUGCAGCUUUUCAUGCCGCAGCCCUUCGCGGGAGAGAUUGCGGGGAUGUGCAAAGCACUGGGGAUAAGUCUCGGAGAUGGAAUCUUGCUGAACUUCGCCUACGAAUCCACGGCGUUCUGUACCAGCAUUGUCGCUCAGGAUGACAGAGGGAACAUUUACCACGGUCGGAACCUGGAUUACGAUUUUGUCGAUAUACUGAGCAAGAUCACGCUGGAUGUGCAGUUCAUAAAGGGUGGGCAGGUUGCGUACCAAGGCACCACGUUUCUUGGUUAUGUGGGCUUAUGGACUGGGCAAAGUCCACACAAGUUCACCAUCUCUGGAGAUGAACGAGAUGGUGGUAGAUGGUGGGAAAAUGCUAUAGCUGCUUUCCUCAAUAGGAAUUACCCUGUCAGCUGGCUUGUGCGACAUACCCUAAGUGAAGCAGAGGAUUUCCAGUCUGCUGUUGUGAGGCUGGCUGGCAUUCCCAUCAUUGCUGAAGUUUACUAUAUUGUGGGAGGCGUCUCACCCAAAGAAGGCAUGGUCAUAACGAGGAACAGAAGAGGGCCAGCAGAUCUCUGGCCUCUCGAUCCCUUAGGUGGAGCGUGGUUUCGUGUGGAGACAAACUAUGAUCAUUGGACUACUCCUCCUCCUUUUGAUGAUCGCAGAACUGCAGCCAUCAAAGCUCUCAAUGCUACUGGACAGCACAACAUCAACUUGGAUACACUCUUUAAGGUGUUGUCAGUGAAGCCAGUCUUAAACAAUAACACGGUGUACACCACAGUCAUGAGUGCCGCGCUCCCGGAUCGGUACCAGACCUGGAUGAGAACUGAGGAGUAAAGAGGGGCAAGUGGCAGAGGUUUCAACACAUGGAGUGAGAAGCUGAAGCUGUGUAAGACUAACAUAUGCUUUUAAAAUCACUCCUGGGAGCAGCACAGUGGCUUUGGUUCGUGAAUGAUGUGAACCAUUCAGGACACAGUGAUUUGUUAACUCUUUGCAGUGUUGCAGGUGAUCCUGUUAAUGACCUGUAAUGGAAGUUUGAAAUUUAUUGUAAUUAAAUUGAUGCUCUAAUAGAUGUUGAUGGGUAAAAAUGACUUGUAUUAUUUUUGGUAAGAGUCGUGCAACUGCAAUGUGCUUCUGUGCUGACUAAUAGACACAUUUUGUAAUUUAUAUAGCUUGUAGGUCUGAAAUAAUUAAAUAAAAAUAUUUUUUAUGUAUUGUAUGUUUCUGUAUGAAAGCUUUUGGGGUUACUUCUAUGUCAUCAUCGUUUUCCCUCAUCUAUGAGUUGUUGAUCCUGGGCCUAGCAGGAGCAGAUGCAGCAGCACGCAGAGCUGUAGACUAUAGGUAUUUAUCAGAAAUCAGGAGCUGUUUCAGGAACUGAGGUAAUGCACUUUUCUCCUUGGUAGAUGAGAGGAGGUUGUGUUGGGUAGCAGUGAAGUUAAAAAACAGUUGUGUUGGUAUUUUGCAUUGAGAUCAAGUUACCUGCAGUAAAAGCUAACAUCUUGUUUUACAGUGUAGAGCAGUGGGGUUUUUGUCAGGUUGUGCUGUGACUGUGUACUGAGUUUAGAGACUUAGGUAUACUCCUGAAAUACUCAGGGAUUUGAAGAGCCAAUUGAUGGAGACCUUCAAGGAAAGCUGUCAAGUGGCCUCCUUCACUGGAUGAAAUGUCCCCUGUGUGAAGGUGACAGAGCAGCUUGCAGAUCCAUGCUGUGCUGACGGUGGUGAGUGUGGCCUGGUUAUGCAAACUGCUCUGAGAGCACCUUGGGGAGCUACAGGCCUUUAUCUCCCUGUGAGGAGUCUCAUAACCUGCUUACCUGCAUCCUCUCCUCCUGCCUGGAUCCAAGUGCUGCAAGCUGUGCCCUGACCCAGUUUAGACAGCCAUGUACAGCAGCCAGAUGAUAAAUGUGAAGAGUUCCUGGAGGAAGAUGUUAAACUGCUCACUACCUUGGAUAUUGCAGAAUGCCAUUGUUUUUCUUAAUUCACAAAGUAGGCACUGAUUUGUGAUCCCACUGGUUUUUCUUUAAAUAACAGCCACCCACAGCAACAGGAUCCUUACAGGUGUGGCUUUGUGUGGUCAUCCUGACCUCGGCAGCAUUAGGCUGAUUAUCCUCUAGCAAGGGUGUGCCCAGAUGCUCUGGUACAUUAAUUUGGCCAAAUGUGUUGGUUUCAUUUGCUUUCACUGUUGUUUGUGGCUUGGCAGCUGUUUGGGGUUAUGAGGUUU